GGAGCUAGGCUUGCGAAUCAGCGAGGGGCGGUGGAGGCUCGGCAGGCGACCGCCCUCCAAUAUCGCCGCCGCCAUUUUGCAUUGGCAGCGGGGCCGUGGGCGUCCGAAUCAGCACCCUCUUUUGCCGAAUCCGGCCGCAAGCGGAUUAACUGAGCGGAACAUACAUGGGAUGCAGAGCAUCCAUGUUUCCGGAAGCGGAUGCUUCGACAGGUCGACGAAAUCUGAUCCGAAUUCCCUUGCGGGGACCUGCGUCACAUUUCACAACACAAGAGACAGAUCUGGAUUCGGAGAAAAAUUCAGGGGAGAUGGAUAUCUGUCGCAAAGCGUGCACAUAUUAUACACUUGAAACAGAAACAUGAGGACUAGGACUAUCAUUGAUCCGUCGUGUAAUGCUGUGAUCAGCUGCUUAAACAUGUCUUGGGACCUGGAGGUGAGGCAAAGUCAGCUGUUCGUUCUACCACCGGCAACUUGCAUGUUAAUUAAUUGAUCAUGAUCUGAAUCUGAUACUAAACUUGAUGGCCCUUCAUCCGUGCAGUUCAAUUUGCCACCCAUAAUGAAGACAUGACAGCCUCCUAAUCAAGCUCAACCAGCGAUGCAUUUUGGGUUGAUCUGAUUGGCUUCUGUGGCAGCUCAUCACGAUCACACAUGAGAAUGAUUCUUUCUGUCUGCUGGUUCCGCUCUGCGGCUGCGUCAACCUCUUUCCUAUAUAAAGAGGGAAGCCAAAGCUGGGAAGAUACCAUUGCAGUAGCUUGACUUCUCUUCCUGCGAAAAGAGUCUUCUAACUUCGCUUCCACUCCAAGCAUGGCAUGCCACCUGAGAUCCGCAAGUGUGCCCUCAAGCCCUCGCUCCAGUGGAACCAAUGUCGAGGAACAGAUCCAGAGCCUGACAGCAGUCGUCUCUUCUCCCUCUGUGACCAUCAAAACCAUAGUUGAUGGUCUGUCCAAGCUCGGGAGCAUCUACAGCUGCAUCGAUGAGUUAAUUUGCUUUCCAAGCAGCCAGAGGAAGGCAGUGGAGGAGGAGCUUGAGGGCUCUCUCAUCUUGCUUGACCUCUGCAAUAUCAUGCAAGAGAGCUUUGCAGAGCUCAGGACGACCAUCCAGGAGAUGCAAUUGGCUCUCAAGAGAGGGGACAAUGUGGCUGUUCAGGCCAAGGCUCAGUCCUAUGCCCUUUCGGUCAAGAAGGCGCAGAAGCAGUUCAAGAAGAUGAACAGCAAGGUUGUUCUUGGCACUGACUGCUGCAGAGUGGUCAAGCUAUUGUCUGAAGCAAGAGAGAUUGCUCUAUCGAUUCUCGAAUCGACGCUGUACCUCCUGUCAAAGGAAAUCAUGAUGCCCAGUGCUAGCAAGUGGUCUCUUGUCUCCAAGGCAUUCCAGAAGAAGAGAGUCGCAUGCAAGGAGGAGCAAUUGCAGGUCCUGGAGUUGGAGAUUGUUGAUCUUGAGAGCAAACUCCAGAUUGUGUUCAGAAGACUGAUCCAAUGCAGGGUCUCGCUUCUCAACACUCUUAGCCUGUAGAAAGAUCAAACAACAUCCAACUCAGAUCCCUGUGAUUAGCAUCCGCCUUUUAGAGGAUUGACUGAUCAUCAAAACAAUUUUGAUGUAUAUAUGAGACAAAAGUGUAUAGAAAAAUACUACAUGAAAGAGCAAAGUUUUGAUCCAUUUCAUGUUGUCAAAGUUGUCUGAUCUUUCAAUUUCCUUAUCCAAACUUGACACGGGAAGAUGACGUGAAAUUGGGAGCUUCAGAUGAAAAAAUACCUUUAAAUCUUCGUUCUCGGAUUUUAAAAUAAAUUAAUAGUUUGAUGAGAUGGACACUGUUAAUACUCACAUGUGAUGUGGCUCAACAACAGCCACUAGAUCCUUGUGUAGUGGAUCUUGCUCUGGUUAACUGAUAGCAUGCCAGCUCAAUUGAUAAUUGAUUAGCUCUGGAGUUAGCUGAUAAUCAGAUUCCUGCUGCCAAUACUUGGAACAUGAUGAUUUGGUUAGGUUAGAUCUAACGUCUAAGAAACUUGGGCAUCAUGUGGAUCAGCUUGAAAUUGCAAACUACAGAUUCCAAAUGUUGGAAGGGCCAGCAGGCAGGACAAUGCAGCAUGAAGAAUCAUGAAUGCGGAAGUCAACUUUUCAACAGCAAGCAGCUCUUCUCAUGACCUGAAUAAAUCAUUCAACUAGGCAGCACUCGUGCAGAUGGCUUUGCCGCCAAUUACCGAAACAUGCUAUGCUGAUCAUUAGCUCAACUACAGAUAGUGCUGGCUUUGUCGCCACAGCACGGCAACUCAUCAUCGAUGAGAUUCUUGCUGUCUACAGGGUCUGCGGUGCCACUUCUUCAGCUUAUUCUGUUAUAUAUAGAGGCAAGCUAUAGCCGGAUGGAUUAAGUCCAUUGCAGAAAAUUCCACUUUUUAGAGAAAAGAAAAGCACUACAGCUUCCAUUACAACCAUGGCUUGCCACCUCAGAUCAACUAGUGUGCCUUCCAGUCCCCGUUCCAAUGAAAUUGACGUCGAAGAACAGCUCCAGAGCUUGAACAGAACUAUCUAUUCGUCGCCUUCAACCAUUUGAACCAUCUGUGAUGCUUUGAGGAAGAUUGGAGAAGUGUACAACUGCAAACCUACCGAGCAGCCAAGUUACAUACACGGCAGAGGAAAGCAGUGGACUGUGGAGCAAGAGCUUGAGCGCUCGCUUGCCGUGCUUGACCUUUGCAACGCAAUGCAAGGGAAACUUUGGAGAAUUCAAGGAGAGCAUCUUGCACAUGAAGAUGGCUCUCAAGGGAGGAGAUGAUGCAGUUCAGGGCAAGAUCCAGUCCUACAUCCAUGUGGUGAAGAAGACACAAAAACAAUUCAAGAACAUCAGCAAGAAGUCCACUGCAGCUGAUGAAGAAAGCUGCAAGUUGAUCAAGUUAAUGUCUAAAGCCAGGGAAAUUGCGGCCAUUAUGCUGGAAUUUUUGUUGCAACUCUUGUCGAAGCAAAUUUCCAUAACAAGCUUGAGCAAGUGGUCUCUCGUCUCCAAGACGUUCCAGAAGAGAAGAGUUGUGUGCAAUGAAGAGCAAUUACAGGAGUUGCAGUUGGACAUUAUUGAUCUUGAGCGCAGAGUUGACACUUUGUUCAGGAUACUGAUCCAGAGCAGGGUUUAUCUUCUGAAUGCUCUCAGCUUGUAGAUCAUAAACCAACUCAGAAUAUUCCUCAUGAUUAGAGUCCGCCUUUUAGAGGAUAGCUAAUCAUCAAAAUUUUGGUGUACAUAUGUGAGAAAAUGUACAUAAAUAUACUCGAUAAGAAACACAUAGGUUUUGGUUCA